AUGAGUGACAAAUUCCAACCCUCUGUUGGAAAAACAAUCUUACAAAAGGAACUCGAAGAUGCAAGAGAGCGAAAGCAAGAGCAACAAAUGCAUCGACAAUUAAGAGGCCUAGAAUUUGAAAACCCUGGUCCUGUGUUGGCAGAAUUCGAUCCUAGCAAGAGGGAACUAGUAAAGAAAGCUCAACUUUCAAAGAUGAAGAAGUACUUCAAUUCAAACAUGGCUUUGCCAAAGUACGACGAAGAUGGAGUGCUGCUUUGUAAUGGUGUAGACUUAUGUGAUUGCUUGGAGCAAUGCUGCCCAGGUUGCUUCUAUCCAUGUCCCGUGUGUUCAUCAAACAAAUGUGGGCCAGCUUGCCGCUGUAAUCGAACGUGGGUUUAUGAGAGUAUUCAAACUGAAGCUGGUGAUAUCAGUGAAAUACCAUUUUUUGUUCCUGAUUGA